UCACCGUAGUGUAUUCCACAUAUUUCACUGAUGUUCAUCAAAUCCUACGUGCUAAUUUCCUCUGCGAUUCUCUUUCCAAUCUCUAGGUUUCGAAUUUCUCUCUGCGCACCAGGUCAAAGCCAGAUUAUUGGUUGAAAAGGAAUUUAGAACGCCAACAUGACAAUAAAUGAUCACAAAAUAACCGACUUAGAACAUGGAUGGGAUUAUAUGCAGAAGGGGAUCAUAAAGCUGAAGAAAAUUCUGGAAGGGUUACCAGAACCACAAUUCAGUUCGGAAGAUUAUAUGAUGCUUUAUACAACAAUUUAUAACAUGUGCACCCAAAAGCCCCCUCAUGAUUACUCUCAACAGCUUUAUGAAAAAUACAGAGAGGCAUUCGAAGAAUACAUUACUGUAACUGUAUUGCCCUCUUUAAGAGAUAAGCAUGACGAAUUUAUGCUCAGGGAGCUUGUGAAGAGAUGGGCAAAUCAUAAAGUUAUGGUUAAGUGGCUGUCACGGUUCUUUUAUUAUCUGGAUCGCUAUUUCAUUGCUCGGAGGUCACUUCCUGCACUUAAUGAAGUUGGACUUGCUUGCUUCCGGGAACUGGUUUACCAGGAGGUGCACGGUAGAGUCAAAGAUGCUGUAAUCAGUCUUAUUGAUCAAGAACGCGAAGGAGAGCAGAUUGAUAGAGCUUUGUUGAAGAAUGUUCUGGAUAUUUUUGUUGAAAUUGGAAUGGGAAAAAUGGAUUAUUAUGCAGAUGACUUUGAAGCAGAUAUGCUUAAUGAUACUGCUGCUUAUUAUUCUCGGAAGGCAUCAAACUGGGUGCUGAAAGAUUCUUGUCCAGAUUACAUGUUAAAGGCUGAAGAAUGCUUGAAAAGGGAGAGGGAUAGAGUUUCUCAUUACCUGCAUAUAAGCAGUGAGCCAAAACUAGUGGAGAAAGUGCAAACUGAGUUGUUGGUGCUAUAUGCUAACCAGCUGCUUGAAAAGGAGCAAUCUGGCUGCCAUGCCUUGCUCAGAGAUGAAAAGGUGGAUGAUCUCUCCAGGAUAUAUAGGCUCUACCACAAAAUACCUCGAGGCUUGGAACCUGUUUCUAGCAUAUUUAAACAGCGUGUCUCUGAUGAGGGUCUUGCCUUAGUCAAUCAGGCUAUAGAUGCUGCUAACAACCAGGCAGAGAAUGUGCGCAGUGUGCAUGAACAGGUACUUGUCAGAAAAAUUAUAGAGCUGCAUGACAAGUAUAUGGUGUAUGUGUGCAAUUGUUUUAUGAACCAAUCUCUCUUUCACAAGGCCCUGAAAGAGGCUUUUGAGAUAUUUUGCAACAAGACUGUUGCAGGCUGCUCGAGUGCAGAGCUACUGGCUGCAUUCUGCGACAAUAUUCUGAAGAAGGGUGGGAGUGAGAAAUUGAGCGAUGAAGCCAUUGAAGACACACUUGAGAAGGUGGUUAAACUGCUUGCAUAUAUCGGCGAUAAAGACCUUUUUGCUGAAUUCUACAGGAAAAAGCUUGCUCGUCGUCUCCUUUUUGACAGGAGUGCUAAUGAUGAGCAUGAAAGGAGUAUUCUGACAAAGUUGAAGCAGCAAUGUGGUGGACAAUUCACCUCAAAGAUGGAGGGAAUGGUCACAGAUUUGGCGUUGGCAAGAGAAAAUCAAGGCCACUUUGAGGAAUACCUUAGCAAUAACCCAAUUGCAAAUCCUGGGAUUGAUUUGACGGUUACUGUACUUACGACUGGAUACUGGCCAAGUUAUAAAUCUUCUGAUCUCAACCUACCUGCAGAGAUGGUAAGAUGUGUAGAAGUUUUCAAGGAAUAUUACCAUAGUAAAGCACAGCAGAGAAAACUUUCUUGGAUAUACUCAUUGGGCAAUUGCAACAUUAGUGGCAGGUUUGAUUCAAAAACAAUUGAAUUAAUCGUGUCAACCUAUCAGGCCUCUGUCCUCCUGCUAUUUAAUAAUUCAGACAGGUUGAGUUUUUCGGAAAUCAUGGAUCAGUCAAACUUGGGCCAUGAUGACUUGGUUAGAGUGCUCCUUUCUCUGUCAUGUGCAAAGUAUAAGAUUCUCAACAAGGAACCAAACACAAAAACCAUCUCUCCAACUGACUACUUUGAGUUUAAUUCCAAGUUUACUGACAGAAUGAGGAGAAUCAAGAUUCCUCUUCCACCUGUUGAGGAAAGGAAAAAGAUAGUUGAAGAUAUUGACAAGGACAGAAGAUAUGCUAUUGAUGCCUCAAUUGUGCGCAUAAUGAAGAGUCGGAAAAUCUUGUCUCAUCAACAGCUGGUCACAGAGUGUGUUGAGCAGUUAAGCCGCUUGUUUAAGCCUGAUUUUAAGGCAAUAAAGAAGCGGAUUGAAGAUUUGAUCAGCCGAGAUUAUCUAGAAAGAGACAAGGAGAACCCCAACUUGUAUAGGUACGUCGCCUGAUUAAAUCUGGUGGAUGUCCAAGUGACAGACCGAAAAAUUUACACGCCAUGGGGUACCUCCUUGGAAUAUACCAAAGCCCUCUGAACAUACCAAGAAGUUAGACAGCUUAAGUGGUUUUUACUUUCUUUCUUUUUUCCUCUUAGUGAUUUGCAUUUUUAUAAGAAAAAAGGCCAUUUUUAGGCUUUUUGUCAUCCUUUUUGGAUGGGGAAAAAUAUUAGGAAUUGCGACUAUGUACAACACUUAUUGGGCAUGCUGCAUUUUUUAUGUCAACAUCAGCAAUGGCCCAUACAUAAUUUUCUUUUCCUCUUUAAUAGUAAGAUCUAAUUUUUGGGCAUUCAA